AUGGGACCUCUGUUGGUCACAUGUGAAGUGAGCGCAGCACAGGGGGAGACUGAGGGUACCUCUGCCGCCCCCUCUUCCUCCUUAUCUCGCCAGUUCCCCGCCCAUCGCGUCGUCUUAGCAGCGGCAUGGCCAGGCUUUGGAGCCUUGUGCAGGAGGUACGGUUCUGAGGGGUGUGGUGGGUUAUCGGUGGGAGGUGUUUCAACCGUUUCAGGGAGUGAUGGUGCCAAUAUGGCCAGUGUGGGGGACGGAAGAUUGCCAACAGCAGCAGCAGUAGCACGACCACCACCCAGCUCACUUCAGUCUCCUGGUUCACUGCAGAAGCAGCAGGGUGAAGAGAAGCUACCAGUGGUCUCCUUGCCUCACGUUGACCCCAACCUCUUUCUGCUGCUCCUCACAUUCUACUACAUGGGGCGACUUGAGGCCUCCCUCCUGCUCUUCUUCGGAUUCUCUUCCUCAUGCCAUUUUCUCCUCUCCCUUUCUUCUUCCCCUCUUCCCCUUCAGGUAUCCCCCGCGCUCGUCCACCCUCUCCUCUCGCUCGCACGCCAGUUGGGGACGCAGGAACUGCGGCAAGCACGCCCGUUGGGGACGCAGGAACUGCGGCAAGCACGCCCUCACAUGUCGCCCUUCCCCUUGUCUCAUCACCCAUUCUCUUUCUUUUCCCUCAACUUUCAGGUGCCCAUCUCGCUCGUCCGCCCCCUCCUCUCUCUCGCGCACCAGCUAGGGGCGCAAGAAUUGCAGCAGGCGUGUGAAGCAGCACUGGAUGGGCAUGGAUCUAGAUACUCCGCAUCUGCACCCGCCCACGCGAGCACAUACUCUGCAUCUGGACAGAGCGCUAUGGGAUCCUGUGCCACAGAGGAAAACCUAGUGCUUGGCGCCUCUGCGGCUGUAGCAGCAGAGAGAAGGGCCACUACUCCCAAUGCUACAGCCGCUGGGAACGGGGAUGCAGCCAAGUCAGCCAAGUCAAUGAGUGCUUCACAGUCAAUGCAGGUUAACAGGGCGAAGAUGGACCCGCCUUUAGAAACGGGAAUCAGUCGAAUCAAUCCGCUUCGCAGCAGCUCUGCUCCCAAGGGCUGGGCUGAAUUGAACAGGGGCGAGGCGCCAGACGGUAGAGAGGCGAGAGGAGGGAGCGAGGUGAGAGACGGUAGAGAGGCGAGAGGAGGGAGCGAGGUGAGAGACGGUAGAGAGGCGAGAGGAGGGAGCGAGGUGAGAGACGGUAGAGAGGCGAGAGGAGGGAGCGAGGUGAGAGACGGUAGAGAGGCGAGAGGAGGGAGCGAGGUGAGAGACGGUAGAGAGGCGAGAGGAGGGAGCGAGAUGCUGACUAGUGGCAUGCGAGAAGCCACCUCGCACGAGAUUGUAAUAGGAGGUGCUUCUAAUGAAGCCGUUGCCGCUCUCCUGUACUUCUUCUAUACCGGAAAGCUGCCCCACACUCUCCCCCACACUCCCUUGUCACAUUCUCAACGGAAACACCUGAUACAGUCACUCUCAGAACAGUCACCCCCGUCGCAGUCGCCCACAUUUCAGUCCGCCCCAUUGGAGUCUCCCCCAUUACAGUCGCCACCAUUACAGUCACCCUCAUUACAAUCACGCCUAUCCCCGUCACAGUCACAGUCUGCAUCAGCAGCAGCACCUGAGAGCACUCAGGGCGUGCUGCUGUCGCUGCUGUGUCUGGCUGACCGCUUCUGCAUCCCAGCUCUCCACCACUCAGUGAAUGAGCGACUGCUGACGUGUGUUGAAGAGUCAUCAGCAUUCACCACACUGCGAGUUGCUGCAUCAGUUCCUGGGGAAGCCUGCUCUCACCUGACAGCUGUCGCCGCCUCAUUGGCCGCGGCGCGGUUUGAGCGGUGCGUUGAUGCUGAUGUGGACGGGCUGAGAGGGCUGCCUGCUGGUGCGCUCACGGCUGUAUUGCAGAGCCCCUUCUUUUGGACAGCCAAUGAGGAGCGAGUGCUGGACGCUGUGCUGACGUGGGCCAUGCAGCGUGCUGACGUCAGCAGCUGGGAGGAGGCGGAGCGAGCAGUGAGGGAGAUGAUGAUGAGAGAGGGGGAGGAGGGGGAGGAGGGGGAGGAGGGGGAGGAGGGGGACGAGGGGGACGAGGGGGACGAGGGGGAGGAGGGGGAGGAGGGGGAGGAGGGGGAGGAGGAGGGGGAGGAGGAGGGGGAGGAGGAGGGAGAGGAGGAGGGGGAGGAGGAGGGGGAGGAGGAGGGGGAGGAUCCGGCUGUAGCAGAGGCUCCUGGUAUCGAAGAUCUCAUUCAAGCCGAUCUUUUGGGCCGGCUACAGCUGGAAGGGGCUGAGCCCAUGCUACAAGGGGGGGGGCAGGAGGAGGAGGAGAGUGAAGGGAUAGAAGAGAAGGAGGGUGAUGAGGACGAAGGAGAGGAGGAGGAGGAUGACGAAGUUUCUGGGUUGCUGCAGCACGUGCAGUUCAUGUCGCUGCCUGAUUCGCUCCUCGUCAGGCUCAGGGACAGCCUACUUGCCACGUGGCUUCCCACCAUUCGCCGAUCCGUACAUUCGAUUCAGUCGGAUGAUAUCCAGGUAGAUCUCGGCCGUCGGAUCGUCCGUUUUGCGUCCCCGGACCUCCCGUCCCGACCCUGGCCAUCAGGCUCGGCGGCUGCUGUGCGGCGGGCGUGGUCUCUUGAGAGCUGUGGAGAGGGGUGCGUGGCGAGAGAGAGGGGUGCUCAGGCACACACGCAUGGGGCGGGUGCAGCAAGGGAAGGGGGUGAGGUGCUGGAAAAAGGGGCUGCAUUAUUUCAGAAGCCUAGUCGAAGCAUGUGUGUGGGGUUGAGACAGGGGGAUAGGGAGCAAGUAGGAGAGGGAGGGGUGGCUGGGGAUGGAGAGCGGUGGGAUGGGAUGGAAGGGGAGGAUCAGAGGGGAAAGAGAGCGGGGGAGAGUUUAAAGACAUUUGAAAACUCGGGGGAGGGAGGAGAUGGUGAGGUGGAAGAUGGGGGAGAGGGGGGACGGCGGCGAAACAGGGAGAAUCGGGGAAGGCAAGACGGAGCGGAUGGGUGGAGGAAGAGAGCAGGUGAGAAUCUUGAGAUGGCUCACAAGUUGGAAGAGAGAAGAGACUGUGAAGGGGGAGAGGGGAGAGAGGGGGGCAAUGUGGUUGGGGGGUUUAUGCAAAGUGUGGAGAGAGGGGAGGAGCAAGUGGAGGAGCGAGAGGAGGAGCGAGGGGAGGAGCGAGGGGAGGAGCGAGGGGAGGAGCGAGGGCUGAAGAGAAUGGGUGACGAGAAUCAUGUGGAAGAGAAGACAACUGAUAAGCAAAGGUUGACAGGGAGGGGGUUGACAUGUCGGGACGAAUCCAUGCCGCCCGGUCGGGUUUCUUUGGCAGCUAGUGACAGGAUGGAGGCGGGUGGAAUAACAGCGGGGGUAGCAGACACUGCAAGCCGAGAGGAGGGGGUGAAGUGUGACUAUAUCGAACGGGAAAGAGUGCCGCCUCAUUCCAGAGCACUAGGAGGGGGGGUCGGUGACUGUACAGAGAGGGAGGGAACGCCGAUGGCAGGAGUUGAAGAUGGGUGGGGGGGGAGGGAGAGGAGCAAUGCUUCCAGAGGGUUUGGCUUUGGGGCAUCUCGAAAGGCCGAUGGCCCUCAGUUGAGUCAGCAGCUGCUCACGCAAAAGCUGCUGGCUGCUGAACGGCUGUUGGCGGGUGUCUCGAGUGCUCCUCGCGUCCUUCAAUACAUGCACGACGGGGAUAAGAACGGCGUGUGUUUCCAUGCGGGUACCUCGUAUGGACGGCACCCCUGGAUGAAUCCCGUGCUCCUGGGGACCCUCACAGUGGCAGCCAGCAGCCCUCCCUCACGUUACACCGAUGGCAAGGUCAUCGUCUCGGGUGACUACGUGGUGAGUGUGUGUGGUAGAGUGUGCUAG